UCGACUUUUCCUCCGACCGCCACUGUCUUCUCUCGAGCCGCAACAAACAAGUUCUAGUCUACCUCUUUUUUUUCCCAGUGCACGUUAAUCAUCGUCGACCGCUACCAGCAGAGGGGACAGACAAUAAAUCAUCACAACCCAAUUUUACGCGGGAAUAGAGACAGCGAUCUCGGGUCUCCUCCCCACCGCCCCGCUCGCCCCCUCUCCUCUUGUCUUGCCCGGCGUUAUAUAUCCAACACCGGUUCACGAUGCCCUGUUUCAAGGGCAUCGCCGUUAGCAUUCAUGCUAAUUCGGCCCCGCUCCCCGAAUACGGCAUGCAGAAGCAGUCUCGCCUCUCUCGCAUCAGCACCUACAUACCUGUUCCGCAGCCCCAGCUGAAUCCCGAGACCUCGAAGCACGAAGCGGCCAAGUUCGCAAUCUCCGUCACGCUGCUCACGCCUGGUCACCCUAUCCCCUAUACCACCCCGAAACCGACACCAGACAACCCCCAUCCGAGACCCCUCUACGCGGGACCGCUACCGUCGUCCAGCUCCGACCCUUCAAGACAUGCCAACGCGAUCACGCCCUACAUUCCCAUGACGAAUUCCGAGAACGAGACCAUCGCAGCUUACAUUUAUUUCGAUGGGCGGGCGAAAGAGGAGGUAGCUACCCUGCUGCGCCCGGGAGAAGAAACAUGGGUCAAUAGUCGUUGGGUUCAGGUGCCCGAGGGAGAAGGAGGCGGGCUUGCCGAGCGCGAGUUCCUCUUUCGCGAAGUCGGCCUGGAGAGGUGGCUCAACGGCCUCGACCUCAAGGGCCACGACGCCGCCGAGAAGGUGGAAAAGCGGAGGCAGAAGUUCGAGAGGCGCCACCGUCGCCACAAAUCUAUGCCCCAUGGCGACGGGGAUUCGGAGAAGAUUACCCGAACUCGGGAUACCCUCACGUACGGCGCCGAAGGCCAGUCGCCUCUGGGAAGCCCGGGCGACUCGGAUGACGACUCGAUGUCCGACGACGACGAGCCGCCCGAGGCCACGGGCCAGAUCAAGGUGGCCAUGUUCCGCGUAAUUGCGUCGGGGGAGAUCAAGAAAGGGGAGUACUCGCCGCAGUUCGACGCCCACGAUGACGAUGACGAGAGCGACAACGGGAACAAGGCAGGCAGCAACGGGGCAAUCGACGCCGAUGUUGAGCACACCACUAGUUUUGCUAAACCCAAGUCUCUCGAUCCCAAGACGAUCAGUACUCAGACCGUCACGGGCAUCGACGGGCCCGACAAGCCCUAUGCCGUAUUUACCUUCUUCUACCGUGGCCAACGUCAAUUGUCCAAAAUGGGGCUGUACCCGGGUCCUAAGAGCGACCAGAAGACGCCAGGCACCAAGCGACGGUCGACUCAAUUGGACUUCUCGGGGCUCAGCCCCCUCAAGUCUACCGGCACCGUGGGCUUCUCUGCAUUCCGAGACCAGGAAGCGGAAGCCGCCAAGAGGCGCAAGGCUCGAAAAAGGAGCAACGGCCAUAAUGGCAACCUGAUGGACGAGGAUAGCGACGACGACGACGACGACGACGACGGUGACGAUGACAUAGUCCCCCUUUCCAAGAUGGAAGACGACGAUAAGAUCCUCAAGACCCAUCUAGCACCAGACGAUGCCAAGGUUACCGGCGAGCUGCAAGCGGGUAUAGACCGAAUUCGCCUCAAACGACAACACUCGGCAGACCCCGAAAGCGUGGAUGCGUCGGGGUCUCGGAAGUCGCUAGGCGCAGCCGUCAAUAUUGGAUCGGCAACGCCGACGGAUGCUUCCUCAACCAGCCAACCGGUGUCAAACUCAGUCGCCAACUUACUUUCGCAAGCUUUCAACGGCGAAUCUAGCAUAGGGAGCCCCCUCAAAAAGCAUCGAGCAGAUGAGGAGCCGCAAGAUCGUUCCAUCAACUUCCCGGCCGCCCUAGGUGACGUGCUAGGCAGAGCUACUGCGGAUCAACAGAAGAAAGAAGCGCACUCUACGGUUAAGCACGACUCGGAUGAGGAGCUUUAGAGCCACCCUUCUCUCACUACAUGGCCCGGGGUUCUCGGGGGCUUCUUUUUUCCUUUUCCUCUUAUUCCCAGAGAAUUCCUGUAAACCGAAAAUCCCGGACUCGUCGGCUAGAGGACGACGACUAGUAACGGAGCUACAGGUGGCGAGGCACAAUACGAUCUAGGU